UUACGGCCACGUCAUCUCGGUUACACCGGUAAGACACUUAUAAUUCGCAGAAUUUCGAUCAACUUCUCAACAUUAAUUAGAUAUCGUACGUAGACACAUAGUUCUUUCGAGGCAAUCGCAGUAAAAAAACACAAAAUCAGAUAAAUCAAAUCGACCACCUAACGAUAUAGGGGGCGCUUGUAAGCAUGGUAUCGAGUUGAAAUGUCGGCUCUGGACAGUGGCUAGUUUGUUUGCACCAUCCCUACGUGACGGUCAGGCUUAACACGACCAUGGGGUGCGCGAGCAGCAACCCUCUCAUAAGAGGCGGCAAAACUAUUGUUCAAACGGCUAAAGAUUCGGCACAUGAAAUUGCACAUAAAGGAGAUGAAGUCAUACACAGUGUUGAAGAUUCCGCAAAGGAGGGAAUUGAAACGGUAAAGGACAAAAUAGGAUCGGUGGUUGACAGCGCCGAAGACUCCGUCCAUUAUGCCGUUAACAAAAUAAGUGAAACAUUGCACAACAAAAAGUCCGAUGCGUCAGAUGCCAUGGAUAAUUUAGAAAAAGACGUCAAAGAGACGUCUGACAAACUACACGAAAAAGCUAACGAAAUACAACACGACGCUGAAGAUACGGCUUUAAGCGUUGAAGAAGCUUUUACGUCCGAAGCCGAAAAGCUCAGCGAUAAAGCUUAUGAAAUAUCUAACAACGUCGACUCAUCGCUAUCAUCAGCAAUUAACGAAACAAAAGAAGAGCUCAAAAACACAGAAAAUGACGUUCUAAACAGCAUGGAAUCGAUAGAAGAUCAAGUGUCGUCUUCAAUAACAUCUGCAACGGACAACAUAAACAAAACAAAAGACAAUGUUAUGGACGAAAGCGAAAAGUUAGCAUCGGAAUUCACGUCAAUGAAGGAAAUGGCGUUCGAUAAGAUCGAUUCGACUAAUGAAUCGACGUUUGGAAAAAUCGAAACGGCGAAACAAAAUCUAUCGCACGAACUAAACGAAAUCGAUAACACAUUAAAGAACGCAUUGAAACUGGAAGAUGUAGACGACAGUUUCGACACGAUCAACAGUGAUGUCGAACACGAGAGUGUUAGAAAAGUGUUAGCAAGACUUCCAACGCCAGUUCCGUCCGGAUCUAUCGAAAUCAUACCGAAGAAGGAAACUACAACUUUUUGGGAAACGGCCGCAGACGCAUACCUUCGGAAACCAAAACUGAAAGAAUCGAUAACCGUUGAAGUUUCCGAUUCCGACUUAGAAGCAGAAAUUGGAUCACAACAUUGCGAAAACGAAUUAGAUUCCGACUUAGAAUUAGUUAACUUCAAUCGAUCUUUAUCCCAAGGAAACAAUGAAACAAUAACAAAGAAAACGACAAUAGAACACAGCCAAUCUGUACUUUAAUAUUAACAAUAACAGUGCAGCGAAAAAAUUUUACCUAUUUUACGAAAAAAUAAUUUCUAUUAACAAUUUCUGGAGCCUGUGAUAAUUUAUUUAUUCAAUGUUAAAAAGGAAAAACGAGUAAGUUUAAGGUAUAAAAUUCUUCAAAGUGAACGAUAAUGAAAACAGUUUAAUAGUUUUAAAUGGUUUCUUUUUUUAAUUUAAACAAAAGCAUUGAAACCCCAUUAUACACUUUAAACAUUUAAAGUUUUAUAAUGCUACUAUUUCCAUUUUGUCGCACAAUGUUAUUUAAUUUUUUAUGCUGGAUGUGACAACAAUUUAUUACACUUCAACACUUCAAGAAAUUUUAAUACAAACUAUCCAAAGAAAUGCAUAACUUUAGCCGCAUUAAAGACGCAUGCCGCAUGCCGUUUCAUAAAGAGAAACGAAAUAUCGUGUUGCAGAAUAAAAAUAUUCCAACCAGAUACUGGAAUUUUAACAAAACCAUUUGUUUUAGUUUGUUCUAUUCAUUAAGCGUCUGCGAUGACAAAGAAAAUUUUGUUUGUAGAAAAAUAACCAAACAUUUUCAUGUGUAUGUUUCUGUAUCAUAUUCCGUUAUCAUUAUAUUAUAACAAAAUAUAAUACCAAAGAGCGAGCUGCGUUUCAACAUUUGUAUUACUUACAUUUACAU